CCUUCCCCUUUUCUAGUUUCUGCUUCAUCUUCUUCUUCUUCUUCCUGUCCUGUCAGAUCUUCCUCCUUCCUCUUUCUAAUGGCUGUUGCUGUUUUCACCCUCUGCUUUUCUUUCAGGAAAUUCAAAGGAAUUUUGAGUGAAGAGGAGCAGUAUGGGAAGCAGGAUUAGAGAGAGGAGGGAAGGUGAAAUUGGAAGGAGUUUGCAGGAAGAUAAUGAAGUGCCUACGGUCGGGGGAGUCGUUGGGAGGAGUUGAUGAAUUGUUUCCUUCGUCUGGAUCUCUUGCAAGUGCAGCCAAGGACUUUUCUGCUAGUGGACAUUCUUUCCUUGCUGAACAUUUUGAUAAGAAGCCGGACACUGGCAACAUUGAAGAAGCUGAAUCGUCCUUACGUGAGAGUGGUGUCUUGAACUAUGAGGAAGCUAGAGCUCUGCUAGGAAGAUAUGAAUAUCAGAAAGGAAAUAUAGUAGCUGCUUUGCAUGUCUUUGAGGGAAUAGAUGUAGGUGUUGUGACUCCUAAGAUCAAAGUUGCCCUUUCCAGAAGUAGAGAACGCCGCAAGAGGCAUUCCCAAAAUUAUGCUGAAUCACAAAUGUCUAUACAUUCUGUUGGCUUACUAUUGGAAGCUGUCUUCCUAAAAGCAAAAUCUUUGCAGGUUCUUGAAAGGUUUAAAGAGGCUGCCCAAUCAUGCAAAGUUAUUCUGGAUAUAGUGGAGUCUUCAUUGCCUGAAGGCUUGCCCGAUAACUUUGGCUCUGAAUGUAAAUUGCAGGAGACCCUGAGCAAGGCAGUUGAGCUGCUUCCAGAAUUAUGGAAACUUGCUGAUUGUUCACGUGAAGCUAUUUUGUCUUACCGACGAGCACUACUUCAUCAUUGGAAUCUUGAUGCAGAGAUUAUAGCAAAGAUUCAGAAGGAAUUUGCUGUUUUUCUCCUUUAUAGCGGAGGAGAAGCAACACCACCGAAUCUCCGUUCCCAAAUGGAUGGCUCAUUUGUACCUAGAAACAACAUAGAAGAGGCUAUACUUCUUUUAAUGAUUUUGUUAAGAAAAGUCACUCUAAACAGAAUUGAGUGGGAUCCUUCAAUUUUAGACCACCUUUCAUUUGCUCUAUCUGUUUCAGGAGAUUUGACAGCCUUAGCCAAUCAAUUAGAAGAAUUGCUUCCUGGGACUAUCCAUCGAAGUGAAAGGUACUUUGCUCUAGCUCUUUGUUAUUAUGGAGCAGGUAAGGACUUGGUAGCACUGGAUCUUCUUAGAAAGUUGUUGAGUAAUAGAGAGGGCCAACACCAUGUGCCUGGUUUGGUAAUGGCUUCUAAGAUUUGUUGUGAGAGCUCUACUCUUGCAGAAGAAGGAGUAAGCUUUGCUCAGCUAGUGCUUCAAAACUUGGAUGGAAGAUGUGAUAAGCUAGAAGAUCUUGCCAAUUUCUUUCUCGGUGUUUCACUUUCAGCACACUCGAAAUUGGCCAUUUCUGAUUCUGAGAGGUUAAAGAGACAAUCUGAGGCACUUCGUGCCCUAGAAACUGCUGGCAGAACGAGAAACCCCCUUGUACUAUACCAUCUCAGUUUAGAAUAUGCAGAACAAAGGAAGUUGAAUUCUGCACUUUAUUAUGCUAAGUGCUUUCUAAAACUGGAAGGUGGUUCUAAUGUUAAAGGAUGGCUAUUGUUAGCCCGGAUAUUGUCUGCUCAAAAACAGUUUUUGGAUGCUGAAUCUAUUAUUAAUGCUGCUUUGGAUGAAACUGGAAAAUGGGAUCAGGGUCAUUUGUUGCGAACAAAAGCUAAACUUCAAAUUGCACAGGGCCAGUUAAGGAGUGCCAUUGAGACAUAUACUCAAAUUCUUGCAGUUCUUCAAAUUCAGAGUAAAGGUUUUGGUUCAGGGAAGAAGCUAUAUAAGGAUAAUAGAGAUCGUGCUAGGAACUUAGAAGUGGAAAUAUGGCAUGAUAUUGCUUAUGUAUAUAUUAGUCUUUCACAGUGGCAUGAUGCAGAGAUGUGUCUUUCAAAAUCCAAGACCAUCAAACCACUCUCUGCUUCUAGAUGUCACGCAAUAGGCAUAAUGUACGAAGCAAAGGGCCUUUACAAAGAGGCUCUAAAAGCUUUUGGUGAUGCUUUGGACAUUGAUCCUUGCCAUGUCCUCAGCUUAAUCUCCACUGCUCUAGUUCUUAAAAAAUGUACUAAUCAAUCGAAUCCAGCAGUUAAAAGCUUUCUGAUGGAUGCACUACGGCACGACAGAUUCAGUGCUUCUGCAUGGUAUAAUCUUGGCCUUCUUCUCAAGGCUGAGGGUACACCAUCAUCAUUAGUUGAAGCUGCGGAGUGUUUUCAAGCAGCACACUUUCUUGAAGAAUCUGAACCUGUUGAGCCUUUCAGAUGACUCAUUCUAUGAAAGUUGGUCUACGGGUAGAAGCAAAAGCAAGCAUGUUUCUAUAGAGAUUAAAUAGCAAGGAAUUUUCCUGCGAAUCCUUUGGUGUGGAAAGCUAGUUCAAAAGAAAUAAUAGUGAUAAGCAAAAGAAGAAAGAUGGCAAACUCUACAUGCAGUUUUGUGGUGCAAUGAUUCACGCUUGGUGUAUUCAUGUAUAAUUUUCAAAUGUCUUCCUUUAGAGGUCAAUUCAGAAAGUAAUAAAAGGAAAUGAAAAAAAAAAUAUAGGCUUGUUUCUUGUUUAAUGAUUUGAUUUGUGUUUGAUUUCCUUGCUUGCGAUUUUCUCUUCCAAGCAUAAUGAAUUCAGUUGCUAAACGUGUCAAAAAGAAUAAAAAUAGGAAAAGUUUUGGA